CAAAACAAUACCAAGGCACGGAUCAUUCGAGACAGACACGUCAGAAUACACUUAUUUUGUAAAGUUAUUUACACAACUGUUUUUCUUCAUUGAAAACCAUUUAGAAGUAGAGACUUGCAGCACGUGUAAUUAUGAAACGUACCCUGGCAGAAGUCGUGCUGGCGCUUGCUCUAGCUGCAUCUUUAGUUGUAGCUUUGCCUGUCACGCAGAAUAAAAAGGAGGAUAAGAGCAAGGAUCCAAGCAGUACACCAGGUCCGGCGGACGUAGAGGCUGCGCUGGAAUAUGAGCGCUAUUUGCGCGAGGUGGUAGAGGCACUCGAAGCCGAUCCAGAGUUUAGGAAGAAGCUGGACAAAGCACCUGAGGCCGAUAUACGUAGUGGAAAAAUCGCACAAGAACUGGACUAUGUGAAUCAUCAUGUGCGUACAAAACUAGACGAGAUAAAACGACGGGAGUUGGAGCGUUUGCGUGAAUUGGCCAACCAAGAGUUUGAGCUUAGCAAUGACAUUGACCGCAAACAUUUAAAAGUACCACAGCAUUUGGAUCAUGGCAAUGAGCAUACUUUCGAAAUCGAAGAUUUGCGAAAACUAAUACAAAAAACGUCUGACGAUUUGGCUGAAGCGGAUCGAAAGCGACGCGGCGAGUUCAAAGAAUAUGAAAUGCAAAAGGAAUUUGAGCGGGAGGCCCAAAAAAAAGAAAUGGAUGAGGCCUCUCGCAAGAAAUUCGAAGAAGAAUUAAAGGAAAAGGAAAAAAAGCACAAACAGCACGAGAAAGUGCAUCAUCCAGGCAACAAAGCCCAACUGGAAGAAGUCUGGGAGAAACAAGAUCACAUGGACAGAGACGAUUUUAAUCCAAAAACAUUUUUCUCAAUUCAUGACGUUGAUAGCAACGGCUUUUGGGACGAGGCCGAGGUAAAGGCACUUUUUGUAAAGGAGUUAGACAAAGUCUACCAAAGCAAUUUGCCCGAGGAUGAUAUGCGCGAGCGGGCCGAAGAAAUGGAGCGCAUGCGGGAACAUUACUUUCAGGAAACGGACACCAAUCAUGAUGGCCUUAUCAGUAUAGAUGAGUUCAUGCAGCAAACUGCAAAAGAGGAGUUUCAAAAGGAUCCUGAGUGGGAAACGAUUGAUCAACAGCCGCAGUUUUCACAUGAGGAGUAUUUGGAGUUUGAACGACGACGUCAGGAGGAAGUGCAGCGCAUGAUUGCUCAAGGUCAACUUCCCCCACAUCCCAAUAUGCCUCAAGGUUAUUAUGCAGUGCCACCACCAAGUGGUGUGACCUAUCACGCGCCAUCCCAAGGUGCUCAACUACAUUACCAGCAACCAAAUCAGUUGCACGCGCAGCAGCAGCAACAGUAUGAACAUCAGCAACAACAAUAUGCCCAACAGCAACAGAAUCAUGGCCAACAAUACCAACAGCAGCAGUAUGGGCAGCCACAGCCCGUUCAAUUGAAUCCCGAUCAAGUGUAUCAGCAUGCUGGACAGAUACCAGAACACCAGCAAGCGUAUCAGCAGCAACAGCAGCCGCUAAUCUAUCAGCAACCUAGCCAACAGCAACCUUCACAACAGCAGCCUGUAUAUCAGCCAGUGCAACCGGCUGUCCAACCAGGGCAAGUGCCUGCGCAACAGCAACAGCAGCCUGUAUAUCAGCCUGUUCAACCGGCUGUCCAACCAGGGCAAGUGCCUGCGCCACAACAACAGCAGCCCGCCCAGCAACAAGCGCAUCAACAAAUCAACAAUCAGUCGCCUUCGCCUCAGCAAAACCAACAGUUACCAGUUCAGCAACAGCAACAGCAAUCUAAGGACCAGGUGCUUCAGCAUGAUCCUUCUAAGCAACAACAAAAGCCAGAACAACAAAAACUGCAACAUUAACCACAACAUUCCUGUUGUCGCAUUUUCUGCUAAAUUCUCGGUAUUCAAAAAUGCAAAGCAAAUAUUUACUAUGUAUCUCAACUUACAAAUUAGCUGCCGAUUGCAGCUUUGUCUUUCCAUUACAGAAUUUUUUAUGCUUUUAUACUUUCUGUUGAUUCCCAUAAAUACCCUGUGUACAUAAAUCAAACUAAUAUAAAUUACUGAUCAUACAAAAAAUACAAAAA